CACUCUAUUUUUGUUAUUCAAGUCCCCAAUUCUGCAAUUUACAGAUGAAAUGAUGAAAUUAUCAGCCCACUCGUUGGAAACUUUAACAAGUGCUGCUGGGCAUGGUGGUUGCAUACUGUUAAAUCUAGCCAGUGCUUUAGCAGCUGAAGGAGAGGAUGGCAAGUCCAAGACCAGCCUGGCCUAUAUGCGAGUGUGUGUGUGUGCUUGCGCGUGCGCAUGUGUGUGUGUGUGUGUGUGUGUGUGUGUGUGUGUGUGUGUGUGUGCACGUGUGUGCUCUUGUGCCCCUUGCGCUCUCACUGAGUGUUACAGAGUGUGCAGCAACUCUCUGAAGUCAGUCCUGCAGUUUUCCUCCUUUUACAGAUAAAGAGAUGAGGCUUUUAAGUUAGGUGACCCAGGACCACUAAGUACUAAAUGGCAGUCACUUCUCAAGAUCCAUCUUGCACCAAAGCCCAUGUCUUUAUACUAUGGCAAGACACUUUUCCACACAUAGACAGCAGAGGGCCUGAGAGGGCAGGAACCACGAUCUUUCUACUUCCUAUUUUAGUCUAGAUAAUUUUCUACAUUAUAUCCUCUUAAUAAUGUGUUUAUUAUGAUGCAUGUUCUCAAGCAACACUGACCUGUGUAUAGUCAGGUACUGUACUAAACUGAUGUAAACAUUAUUGGAUUGUUUAGCUUUGAGGGAGAUUAGGGUUUAGAUUUUUUUUAAUGGAAUUAUUGAGCACUUGAUUUGAGUAUUUCAAUGAAGCAGACUCCUAUGAAGAAGUCUGUCUCCCAUGUGCUAUUAAAAAUUGACUGUCUAUUUUUCCUCUUAGAGGAGUCAGAGGCUACCGCCUGACCUCAUGGAGAAAACAGCCACCAAGGAUCUCUCCAGGAUCGUUUUUAGUUCAUUAAUUUUGGCAAGCACACAUUUUCAAAGCAGAUUAAAUUUGUCCGAUUUAUUUUAGAAGUAUGUAUUUCAAAGCACAGGGAGGCUCCAAACCCACAAAGCAGAUCUGGGGAGGUUUCGUGGAGAGUGGUUCAGGAGGCUGGCUGUGGAGAAUUAGUAAAAGGUUGAAGCAUGCAUGGAUAAAAUGGAUCGUCUUAAAGGAUUGCAGCUCCAAAAAUACAUCAGCAGGACUGGGCAGGUCUGACAUAAUGAGCUUCCUAUUUUAGCUUGACUUCUGGAACUCCGAAGAACUAUAAAUUGAGCCACACAAGACCCGAGGAAGGAGGUGCCUCUUUUAGUCGCAUAUAGAAUUUUCUUCAGGCUCUGAAAAGAUAUAUCUAGUUGUUGGUUUCCUAAAGAAUUAGACUGUUGAUACCUACCAACUUUAAUACAGGAAAUGACAGAUAGGAAGCCCUGGUCCAUACCGUACUGAAAACUGAAUUUGGCUACAGAAACUUGUACCCGGAGGUCAGAGACGAGGUCCUCACGAGCAGCAGCUACAAUGGCAGAGGCUCCUGCGGAUGCCGUGACUCAGCCAGUAACAGUGAAGAAAAAGAAGAGUCUCUCCAUUGAGGAAAAGAUUGACAUCAUCAACGCAGUGGAAAGUGGCAAGAAGAAGGCAGAGAUCGCAGCUGAGUAUGGAAUAAAGAAAAAUUCAUUGUCUUCCAUUAUGAAAAACAAAGACAAAGUUCUGGAAGCCUUUGAAUCUUUGCGAUUUGAUCCGAAAAGAAAAAGACUGAGGACGGCAUUUUAUACGGAUCUGGAAGAGGCAUUGAUGAGAUGGUAUCGGAUUGCCCAGUGUCUCAAUGUUCCAGUUAAUGGUCCAAUGUUGCGUCUAAAAGCCAAUGAUUUUGCCCAGAAGCUGGGACACAAUGAUUUUAAGUGCAGCAAUGGUUGGCUGGAUCGUUUUAAGUCCAGGUAUGGCUUAGUAUUCCGAGCACAACCUGUAGAAGCCACGGGUAUAUCUAUAGACCCUGCCACUGUCUGGUACCAAAACGUGCUUCCUUAUUACUUAAAUGAUUAUCAUCCUAAAAAUGUGUUCAAUGUCAAAGAGACUGGGCUGCUUUAUCGAAUGUUACCUACAAAUACAUUUGCAUUUAAAGGAGAAACCUGUUCCGUUGGAAAGCUGUGCAAAGAUAGGAUAACGCUGGCAGUAGGUUCAAAUAUGGAUGGCACAGAGAAGCUUCCUUUGCUUAUUAUCGGGAAAAACCAAGCUCCACGUUGUUUCAAAGGUAUCAAAUCACUGCCUGUGUAUUAUGAGGCUAACAAAAUGGCAUGGAUGACCGCAGCCAUAUUUGAACAGUGGAUGCAGAAGCUUGAUGAGAAAUUUCAAGCCCAGCAACGAAGAGUGGUGAUUUUUGUUGAUUCUUUUCCAGCACACCCAGAAGUGAAGAACCUAAAGUCCAUUGAGUUAGUAUUCUUCCCAUCGUGCUUGUCUUCCGGGUUUGUAGCCAUGAAACAAGGUGUUAUUAAGAGCCUUAAAAUCAAAUAUCGGCAUUGCCUUAUCAAGAAAUUCUUAAGUUCUGUUGAAAGUAGCAAAGAAUUUACAUUUUCUCUACUAGAUGCUGUUGAUACGCUGCAUCUCUGCUGGAGAGCUGUAACCCCAGAGACCAUUGUUAAAAGCUAUGAAGAAGCAGGAUUCAGGUCUCCACAGGGGGAAAGUGACCCGCCCAAUGCAGAGAGUGACACUGCUCUUGACCUGGCUGCCCAUGCUCUGGGGGCAGGAGUGGAGUUUCCUGAAGGCUUGUCCCUAGAGGAAUACGCUGCCCUGGAUGAGGAUCUGGAGACUUGUGAAGCCACCCCAAAUGAUGAUGCCGAGUGGACCAAAGAAAGUAAACAAGAUGAAGCUGGAUUUUUUGCUUCUGAUGAAGAGGAGGAGGAGGACAGCGGAGCUCCAGAAGUGGACCUGCCCUUACCGUCCAAGAAUGAAGCAAUGGAAGCUGUAGGCACUCUUAAAAGGUUUCUUAGAAGUCACGAUAUGAACGAUGAACUUCACAAUUCUUUAGCAGACCUUGAAAACUUUAUUAACACUUUGUCACCUAAAUAGUCAUGUAUUGUACAUCGGCGGAGCAGGAACUUUUCCUGGUGUAUCUUAUUGCAUAAGGAACAUAAAAGGAAAGUGUCAGUUAAUUAAAUAAGAAAAGAGAAAGCCUAACAAUCCUUGACUUAAUUGCAGCAGCCUUUGAUUUGAAUAGCAAAGCUCUCUGGUAAAUAAUGACUAAGUGAAACUGCAGAAUUCUGCUUAGCAGGUUUGGGGAGAAUAAAACUGUCUUCAGAGGCUUUGUACUUGAAAGAGACAGGGUAUGUUUGAAAGAACUCUUCAGCUGGCUAACUCACAUGCAUGAAGUUGCUGGUUUCUGUUUUCUUUGUUUUUAAGUUCAGAUCAUGUUCUAGAAUAUUUUAGUUUAUCUAUAUAGUCUAAGAAACAGAAAUAGCUUGCUUAUUUUUAUAAAGUUACACACACACACACACACACACACACACACACACAUAUGCCAUCUGUAUCCUAAUGAGUUCUUUUAUUCUCUUUUGUUUUUUGGUUGGUUUUUUAAAGACAGAGUCUCACUAUGUAGUCCAAGCUGGCCUCAAACUCAUGGCAAUGCUCCUGCCUCAGCCUCUCAAAUUCUGGGAUUGUAGGUGUAAGUCAUCAUGCACAGUUCUAAUUAAAGUUUUGAGUAUCAAAGUAGUGUAAAAUUAUGCUACAAUUAGUUAAUCUUCCUGAUUGAAAAAUAUUCUGAAAAUACAUUCUAAUCUGCCUGUGCACCAAGAUGACACACAAUGUAACUUUUGCUGCUUUCAAGUAACUUGUCAAAUUAAGUCAAAUGAAAAGCAGUUGCUCUGUAGGGCUUCCUGUCAUCUGUCACCAGGAGCUAUGGGUCCUUCUGUUAUAUAUACAUGUGUGCUUGUUUAGUGGGAAAACACUUGAAGGAAACACUUAUUAAAUUCAUAUAUUAGAAUAGGGUAAACUCUUGAGCCAAUUGAAGGUACACAUAGAGUUACCAAAAAUUAUGGUGCUUGUUUUUUUUAAUUACAACAGCUGAACUUUUAAUCUAAAUUUUGUUCUUGAUUUUACUGAAAUUUAUUUUCAGCAAUAAUGAUAAUUAGUUGUCUUCCUCCAAUUUUUCUUUCUCUAAAAUUUUUAUUAAAAUUGUUAGAGAAAGUUUUAUCUAUAUGUUGCAUUAAAAUAACUGUAGGAAAUUACCUAAUCACCAUCUAAAAAUAGUCAUUGAGCAAAAUUUCAACAAUGUAUCAGUUUUUCCUAGUGUUCAGUUUUAAGUAGCAUGUUUAUUUAACUUAUUAUACCUAAUUUAGGUUCUGUUGCAAAGUAUUUUAUAAAAAUACAAAGCAUAGUGAUUUGUUGUGAACUAUUAAUCUGCCAAAAGAUCAUAUACUUAGAAGAAAAUAAUUUAACAGAGCAUUUUUAUUUUCUAUUACUGAUUUGCUCUGCUCUGAGGAUUUAGUAAUAGUUGAGCCUUACAAUGUAUUAAUAUUUUAAAGGUUUCUUUUAUUAUUAAACAUGGACUAUUUAAAUUAAAAGCAUUUUGUGAUUUGAUAUGUAAUUUUAAUUUGGCUCAAUCAUGGACCUAAAGGAGUUCUUGAGAGCCCAUUUGUCCCUCAAGAAAAAAUUACUUGCAGUUAGUCUGGUUUUAAAAUAAAUGUUUUUG